AUGCGUCGCGUAUCCCUCAUGACGUCGUCUCGACCUCGCGAGGUGUUGUUAUUUGGGCUAUCAGCGAACCCACCAACGGGAUCAAAAGGUCAUAUGGGUGUUGUCAAGUACUGUCGUCCAUUCUACGACGAUAUUUGGCUCUUGCCUGUAUAUCAACACAUUUAUUCCAGCAAGAGAAAGCUUGCACCGUUUGACCAUCGCGUCAAGAUGUGUCGCUUAGCGUUAAAGACGCUUGAAAGCCCACAAGAUCAUGGUGCAGAGCUUCAAGUGAUGGAAGAAGAGCGUGAAAUGUAUCAACAUAUGGCUACAAAGACUGCAAACUUACAAGAACUUCAUCUUGGUAGUAUUGAUCUUGUAUACUACUUAGUAAACAAGUAUCCCGAUAGAAGGUUUACAAUGCUCCUUGGUGGAGACACGUAUGCGGAUUUAUUGGCAAACAAGUGGAAAAAUGGACAUGAACUCAUGACAUUGGUUAAGGUAUUGGUAGUAGAUCGUAAAGGUAUUGAUUCGCCAUGGAGAAAAGAGAAGAGAGAAGAUCAAAACGAGUCGGACCGAGUUCAAUACAUUCAUGUCCCGGAGCUGAGUAAUGUAUCGUCGACCAUAGUGAGAGCUACGACCGAUCGAAAGAAGCUGGCGACAUAUUUGGAUCCAGCAGUCCUGGAGUAUAUUGUGCAGCAUCAACUUUAUGCAUUUGCUACGGCGUCGGAAGAAAAAGGAGACGAUGGAUAA